AUGGAAUUGACCAGAAACCUUCUAGUGCUCAUGUGUAUUGGCGUGGCCUGUGUCGUGCACUCGACCGCGCAGAUUUGUCCUUACAAGGCAGAGACAUGUCAAUGCGCUGGUGAUUUUGUCGAAUGUAGCGGGUUGAGAGACAUUCCCCCAGUGAUCACAGGAACUAAUGUGACCCGCAUCAAGACUGCGUCUUUCGUUCGUGGCAACAUUACAACUGUGACUAAGAACAGCCUGCCACAAGGUCUUCAAGAACUUUACUUCAGCAACCAACCGCUGGUACAAAUAGACAAUAACUCCUUAGACAACUCCGCCGACAGUCUCUAUUUUAUUGAGAUAACACAAGCAAAUUUGACAGCAUUGCCUGCUGCGCUUCUCAAAUUAACAAAUCUGUCUAUACUCUACAUUGAUGGUUCCCCCAUACAAAAGCUGGAUCUUGCCGUACUACAACACAUUGGAAUCAAACUGACAGAACUCCAUUUGAAAAAUGUGGGAAUCACUGGAAAUGUUGAUUGGCUUUCCAACUUUUCUGUGCUUAGAAUUCUGGAUUUGAGUGAGAACAAUCGAAUAAUUGUUCCGGAUACCUUUCUCAGUUCUGUCAGAAGUACACUGAGAGAGCUAUCAUUGGCAAGCGUCGGGUUGACAGCUUUACCACCAGGGUUGUUAUCUCUUGACAACCUAGACAAACUUGACCUGAGUGGAAAUAAGAUGAACAGUUCGGAGAUAAACAAAUUAUUAGCCAUCCCUUCUUUGUCUAAACUCUCAUCAUUGAGUUUAAAUUCAGUCGGGCUAGAACACACUUUUAACUUCUCAAGCUUAAAAAACCUGACCACACUUGACCUUGAAAAUAACAACAUUUCCAAUCCCAAUGAAGGGUUGUUACCUCCAUCUUUAUCCAGCUUAUCCCUUGCAGCCAAUAAUUUAACUUCAAUAGCCACUGUUGUCCUUGGCUUGACAAACUUAUAUCGUUUAGAUUUGUCCCACAAUCAAAUCACAACCAUCCCAAAUGCAACUUUCGCUAACUUGACCCGACUAACUAAAUUGUAUUUGAAUAACAACCCAAUCAAAACCAUUUCAGCGAGAGGGUUUUCUGGCCUCGUGUCACUUGACUAUUUUUAUAUCGGGUUCACCAAUUUAACGGAAAUCCCCGUCGCUCUGAGUGAUUUGUCCAAUCCUACCCUGCACAUUAAUAUCGAGGGUAUCCCCGCAUUGUCUUGUCCAUGUCAGAGAUCCCAGGAACUAGACACCUGGUUCUCCAAACACAACAGCAGUCUUUUCUUUACCGGAUAUUGCAGCAGUAGCCAGUCACUAGACAGGUAUUUCGUACAAGGAUGCAUCAUACCUUCAGAAACGACCACCACAGUGCCCAUCUCAUCUACAAAAGGAACUGGAAACGCCCCUGUUCUUGAAAUCAGUUCAUCGUGUACAUUUGUUUCCUUACUUUUAUUUCUGUCUCAAAUAUUCGCUGGUCUCUAUUAA